AUGAAGAUGGUAAACUCCUUCAACCUCAAGAGAGCUGCAGCUGGGAUUAAACGCAUUAAUCUUGAUGGUCUCCGAUGGCGAGUUUUCGAUGCCAAGGGCCAGAUUCUUGGGAGGUUAGCAUCUCAAAUAGCUACUGUUGUGAUGGGAAAGGAUAAACCAACAUAUACUCCUAACCGUGAUGAUGGAGAUGUGUGCAUUGUGCUUAAUGCCAAAGAUAUUUGUGUGUCUGGUAGAAAACUUACAGACAAGGUCUACUACUGGCAUACAGGGUAUAUGGGCCACCUUAAGAAAAGAACUCUGAAGGAUCAGAUGGCUAAAGACCCUACGGAUGUAAUUCGCAAAGCUAUUCUACGCAUGCUGCCUAAAAACAACCUACGUGAUGACAGGGAUAGAAAGUUAAGGAUCUUUCCUGGAAGUGAGCACCCUUUUGGUGAUCGGCCACUGGAACCUUAUGUGAUGCCUCCUAGGACAGUGCGAGAAAUGCGACCACGAGAAAGGCGUGCAAUGAUUCGAGCACAGAAGAAGGCAGAACAGCAACAAGAGAAUGCUGAGCAGCGACAACAGAAUGCUGAUGAAUUGAAGAAUGGCAAAAAGAGUGAAGCACAAGAGAGUGCAUGA